AUAGAAACACAACGAAGGACUGAAAGCGGAGAGAAGCUGGAAGACAAGCAAUCGGUUGCUACACUUUUCAUUUUCCAACAUAUGAGCGUGCGUGCUGGAAAGUUGUUUAGCGAAAGAGACAGACCUUAGCCUUAUUAAGAAAAAAAAUAACUUUUUGGUCUGUUUAGAGGGGGAACACGUCGCCAUCCCCCUUCCGAAACAAUAAAGCAGAGUUUCCCACGGUUUUGUUAAGAUCAGGUUCGUCGAAAUGCGCAUAGUUCAGUUUAAUGCUAAUUUAUGCUGUUUUAUUAUCUAGUUAAGCAACCAUUUUGCUUUGUUAGUUUACUUAAUAAGGGGCAUUCACGAGUGAUGUUUGAACGGUGACUUUAGAUUUCACUCCGCACAACUCGAUUUUCGUUCUAUGGACAUUCCUGGACGCAUUGUGGCGCCCAGCUUCUGCCACUCAAACUAUUGGAGGAUUUAGGAUCUGCAGCACUUCACAAAAACGCACAACGUUACCCCACUUUGCUGACAGUAAAUAUACGUGGAAUAGGCUAAUCGGGUAGCUCACCUGCAGCGGAGCACAUGGCCUUGUGCUGAUGCCCCCAGCUGUCUGUCUGAACACGUCGCCCGUGCCUUGCCUCUGCCAGUGGAAUGGGCACCCACAGAAUGCUGCUGUCAUGGAGUCUGCUCCUCCUGUGGACCGUGCUGACCCAGCUGCCGACAGGGGCGCGAGCGAGACCGGCCGUCACCGAUCAAGUCCAGUCGGAGGUGAAAAUGGAGCUGUACACAUUGUUCCCGGGAGAGCGUUUAGUGCUGGCAUGCUUCGAGCCUGCAGAGGCGCAGCAGGAGGUCAGGUGGACCAAGCAGGGGGUGCCGGUGGCGCGCGAGGGCCGCGUGCUGGAGAUCGAGGCCGCAGAGCCGGCAGACUCGGGCCUGUACGGCUGCUUUAGCCACGGCCCGCGGGGCAACCACAGUGCCUAUUUCGCAGUGAACAUCACAGCUGAUGCAGUGGCAUCGUCUGAAGAUGAGGAUGAUGAUGAGUCUUCCUCGGAAGAGAACAAACUCUCAAGCAGCCAGAAGCUUCUGCCAAUGGCACCUAGGUGGGCUCAGCCUGAGAAGAUGGAGAAGAAGCUGCACGCUGUCCCUGCCAGCAAAACGGUCAAGUUCCGGUGCCAGGCCAAUGGCAACCCCACGCCCUCUCUCCGCUGGCUGAAGAACGGCAGGGAGUUCAAACGGGACCAUCGCAUUGGUGGCUUCAAGCUAAGGGAGCAUAUGUGGACCAUUAUCAUGGAGUCAGUGGUGCCCUCAGACAAGGGCAACUACACCUUGGUGGAGAACAAGUACGGCAGCAUCAACCAUACAUACCAACUGGACGUAGUAGAGCGCUCUCCUCACCGGCCCAUCCUGUACGCGGGUCUGCCCGCUAACCGCACCGCCGUGGUGGGCAGCGACGUGGAGUUCGUGUGCAAGGUGUUCAGCGACCCGCAGCCGCACAUCCAGUGGCUGAAGCACAUCGAAGUGAAUGGGAGUCAAGUGGGGCCUGACGGCCUGCCCUUCGUCCGCAUUCUCAAGGCGGCCGGCGUCAACACCACGGAUAAGGAGAUGGAGGUUCUGCUCCUGAGGAACAUCUCCUUCGAGGACGCUGGGGAGUAUACUUGCUUGGCAGGCAAUUCUAUCGGGCUCUCGCAUCACUCUGCAUGGUUGACUGUUGUCAAAGCCAUGCCCCCGACCGACGUGCCCACUCAGACCUACCUCGAGGUCCUGAUCUACUGCGUGGGUUUCUUCCUCAUCUCCAUCAUGGCUGGUGUGGCCACCAUCGUCAAGAUCCGCAGCUCCUCCAAGAAGAGCGAGUUCAACGGGCAGCUAGCCGUCCACAAGCUAGCCAAGAGCAUUCCCCUCCGCAAGCAGGUGUCUGUGGACUCGAGCUCCUCUCUGAAUUCCGGGGCGAUGCUGGUGCGCCCCUCGCGCCUCUCGUCCAGCGGGACGCCCAUGCUGCCCGGUGUGACCGAGUACGAGCUCCCGCAGGACCCUCACUGGGAGUUCUUCCGGGAAAGGCUGGUUCUUGGGAAGCCCCUGGGAGAGGGCUGCUUUGGGCAAGUGGUUAUGGGGGAGGCCCUGGGGCUGGACAAGGAGAAGCCCAACCGUGUGACCAAAGUGGCUGUCAAGAUGCUCAAAUCUGAUGCCACAGAGAAGGACCUCUCGGAUCUCAUCUCUGAGAUGGAGAUGAUGAAGAUCAUCGGGAAACACAAGAACAUCAUUAACCUGCUGGGAGCCUGCACACAAGACGGGCCUCUGUAUGUGAUUGUGGAGUACGCCUCUAAAGGGAAUCUGAGGGAGUAUCUGCGUGCCCGUAGACCUCCUGGCAUGGAGUACUGCUACAACCCUGACCAGGUGCCAUCGGAGAGCAUGUGCAUCAAAGACCUUGUCUCCUGUGCCUAUCAGGUGGCACGGGGCAUGGAGUACCUGGCAUCCAAAAAGUGUAUUCACAGAGAUCUCGCUGCCCGGAAUGUCUUGGUCACAGAAGACAAUGUGAUGAAGAUAGCAGACUUUGGCCUGGCCAGAGACAUUCAUCACAUAGAUUACUACAAGAAGACAACAAAUGGCCGUUUGCCUGUGAAAUGGAUGGCACCGGAAGCUUUGUUCGACCGGAUCUACACGCACCAGAGCGAUGUGUGGUCUUUUGGGGUGCUGCUGUGGGAGAUCUUCACCCUCGGUGGGUCUCCAUACCCAGGGGUGCCUGUGGAGGAGCUCUUCAAGCUCCUGAAGGAAGGCCAUCGCAUGGACCGGCCGUCUGCCUGCCCGCAGGAGCUGUACCUAAUGAUGAAAGACUGCUGGCACGCCGUUCCUACUUACAGGCCCACAUUCAAACAGCUCGUCGAAGACCUCGACCGCAUCCUGUCUAUGACAGCCAACCAGGAGUACCUGGACCUCUCCGAGCAUAUGGAUGCUCCCUACUCCCAGGUCGUCCUGGAUACCCGUAGUUCUACGUGUUCUUCUGAGGUGGACUCAGUCUUCUCCCAAGAUGCUGGGGUCGAAGAGCCCUGCCUUCCUGCCCCCCAUUCCCAGACCACCAGUCGGACCUUUAGGAAGCACUGAAGGCCCCUCUGAAAUUGCCAAAUAAAUUUUCCCAUUUCUCCCAGGUUCCACGCUAAUCUCCAGGCAAAGGUUCUGCGUCCUUUUCAUAAAUGCACAGUGUCACAGAAAUGGUCACUCUCAAGCCUGGCAUCUGAUACAGAGGAAGGACUUGUGGCUAGAGCAGUGCCUCAUGGGAAAAUCAGAGAUUUUUGAAAAUAAACUGAAGGGUUUGCUCACUGCUUUCACCGAGCUGCUUUUCUCCAGUUCAAAUACCUCGUCCCAGCACAUAUGACAACAAGGGUUCGCAUCUGACGGACCAUUCACAUUCACUAUGGACAAUUGGCCAACGUCAGCUGCGUGAGGAAUGACUGAUGGUGACCGAGUGACUGGACGAGCAGCUGGAUUUCUUGGCUGGACUGUCACAGCUCUGAGGAGGACCCAAGGCCUUUAGGCUGGAAGAGACAGCUACUACAUAU